AUGGCCGGAUUCAUUGAUGAUGUUGACUAUGAUGCUUUUGAAACGUCUGAGAAUUUAUGGGUUGGAAUGCCCGUAUGGUAUGUAGCUGCUUGUCGGGCAAGUGUACACUCAGGCGCUAUGCUUGCCUCAAUGACAGAUGCUGAGAUUCAGCGCGAACUGGGCAUCAGCAACCCAUUGCAUCGCCUCAAGUUGCGACUGUCCGUACAAGAGAUGAUCGUCCUCACAGCCAGUGGAAACAUUGUCGGUGGCAAUCGGAUUCUCACACUUUCUUCUCUUGCCAGGCUUGAAGAUAAAGACACUGACAGAUGA